UCUUAUCUCUCUUGGGCGGCUUUCUUCGACCGGUCACUUGUUCAGCCUGUGUUUUGUCUUUCUUUCAUGUAUUGUUGUCCUUUCUCUUCAAACAGUUUAGAGUCCCGCAUCAACUCCGCACGGUGUCGGAUUGACGCAAUCGUGGCCCGAAACCGUACUCAAUUACCAUCUCUAUACUAACUCUGGUCUCAAUCUAAUAGCUUCGUUUUCUGCGACAAUAACAAGCUACUCCCCGGGUUAAUCCCUCCCACGCAUCACUCGCAGACCGCGAUCUCCGACACGAUGGUGGUCAAAUCGCGAUUCACGAGGCUAGACGCCUUCGCAAAGACCGUCGAAGAUGCCCGGGUCCGCACGACCUCGGGUGGCAUCAUCACCAUCGUCUCGCUACUGGUGGUGACGUGGCUCGUCUGGGGGGAAUGGGUGGACUAUCGACGAGUGGUAGUUUCACCAGAACUGGUGGUUGACAAGUCGCGAGGCGAGAAAAUGGAAAUCCACCUGAACAUGACAUUCCCCAGACUACCCUGCGAGCUUCUGACUCUCGACGUGAUGGACGUCUCCGGCGAGCAGCAAGUGGGCGUUGCGCACGGAGUCAACAAAGUGCGACUUGGACCUGCGUCCGAGGGCGGCAAAGUAUUGGAUGUCCAAGCUCUGGAACUCCACUCCGAGCAAGAAAAAGCCAAACACCUCGACCCCGACUACUGCGGCGAAUGCGGCGGCGUCCCGAUGCCCGACGGUCAAAAACGCUGCUGCAACACCUGCGAAGAGGUCCGCGCCGCCUACGCCGAGCACCAAUGGGCCUUCGGCAAAGGCGAGCACAUCGAGCAAUGCGAGCGCGAAGGGUACGCCCAGCGCAUCGACGCCCAACGGCGCGAAGGCUGCCGCCUCGAAGGCGUCCUGCGCGUCAACAAAGUCAUCGGCAACUUCCACAUCGCGCCCGGCCGCAGCUUCACAAACGGCAACAUCCACGUGCACGAUCUCGAGAACUACUUCGAAGGCGACCUCCCGGCCUCCGAACAACACACCAUGACGCACGAAAUCCACCAGCUGCGCUUCGGGCCCCAGCUCCCCGACGAGCUCUCCUCCCGCUGGCAGUGGACAGACCACCACCACACGAACCCGCUCGACGACACCAAGCAGGAGACCUCCGAGCCGGCCUUCAACUACAUGUACUUCGUGAAGGUCGUGUCGACCUCGUACCUCCCCCUCGGAUGGGACCCGCUCUUCUCCUCCGCCAUCCACAACGACUUCGACCGCUCCCCGCUCGGCGCCCACGGCUUCGGCUACGGCGCGGCCGGCAGCAUCGAGACGCACCAGUACUCCGUGACGUCGCAUAAGCGCUCGCUGAUGGGCGGCAAUGCCGCCGACGAGGGCCACAAGGAGCGGCUCCACGCUGCGUCGGGCAUCCCCGGUAUCUUCGUCAACUACGAUAUCUCGCCCAUGAAGGUGAUUAACCGCGAGGCGCGCCCGAAGACCUUCACGGGCUUCUUGACGGGCGUGUGUGCUAUCAUCGGUGGCACUCUGACUGUGGCCGCUGCUGUCGAUAGGGGUCUUUAUGAGGGUGCUGCUAGAGUCAAGAAGAUCCAUAACAAUUAGUCACCCUACGCCGAAAGAUAAAAACAAAGAAAGAAAAAAAAUAGAAACAAAAUCAUCCACCGUUAAGAGGCGGGAAAGAGGGAUAUGUCUAGCUACAGACUGGAGGAAAUGGACGGGGGGACUAACAGCGAUUGACCGCGAUUGACACGGGAGAGUUAAGGCGUUUUGUUUCGGAUCCAAGCAAUUCUUUCUUAUCUAUUUAUUCUCUUUUUCAGAUAAAGAUAUUUU